CAAAUUCAUAAGCGAACUCACGUACUAGCUGUACCGUAGAAACACUUGUUAAAGAGUCUUUCAAAAUGAAAAUAUAAAUAGUCGAAAAAGAUGACGUAAUUGGAUAAUAAGAUAUUUUGUGUUUGGAGGUAAUAGAAGUUAAAUUGGAUCUCAUUCAGUACUUUGUGUGUGUUGUUAUAAUCGAUUAAUUGAAUCAUGGCAGCAGAGAAAGUAGUGGAAAACAAGCAGGUAAUAUUCAAAGGAUACAUAGAUGGAAUUCCUAAACAAACCGACAUGGAAAUUAAGCGAACCAAUUUUGAUCUCAACCAACAACUUCCCUCUUCACAAUCACUUCUCGUCAAGAAUCUUUAUCUCUCUUGCGAUCCAUACAUGCGUGGUCGUAUGCGUGAUUUCCAUGGAUCUUACAUUCCCCCUUUCGUUCCUUCUCAGGUGCUUGAAGGAUUUGGUGUGUCUAAAGUAAUAGUAUCUGAUAAUCCAAAUUUCAAAUCUGGUGAUUUAAUUUCUGGGUUUACUGGCUGGGAGGAAUACAGCAUCAUCACUAAAACAGAUCAGUUGAGAAAAAUUGAGCCUGAUGAUCACAUUCCUCUUUCCUUCCAUCUUGGUCUUCUAGGAAUGCCAGGUUUUACUGCUUAUGCUGGAUUUUAUGAGGUGUGUUCUCCAAAGAGUGGAGAAUAUGUUUUUGUAUCUGCAGCAUCAGGUGCCGUGGGUCAACUUGUAGGUCAACUUGCCAAAUUGCAUGGUUGCUAUGUUGUUGGAAGUGCUGGCACAAAGGAAAAGGUUGAACUUCUAAAGAAUAAACUUGGAUUCGACGAAGCUUUUAACUAUAAGGAAGAAUUGGACUUGGAUGCAGCUCUAAAAAGGUAUUUUCCUGAAGGCAUUGACAUCUACUUUGAUAAUGUGGGUGGGGAUAUGCUUGGUGCUGCCCUCUUGAACAUGAGAGUUCAUGGUAGAAUUGCAGUUUGUGGAAUGAUUUCUCAGAAAAGCCUUUCUGAUCCCAAAGGGUCUCAUAAUUUAUCCAAUCUCAUUUCUAAGCGCAUAAGAAUCCAGGGUUUUUUGCAAAGUGAUUACUUGCACUUGUACCCUAAAUUUUUGGAACAGGUUUCAAGUUACCAUAAACAAGGAAAGAUUGUUUAUAUUGAAGACAUGAAUGAGGGUUUGGAAAGUGCUCCAGAUGCUUUUGUUGGACUUUUUCUCGGCACGAACGUCGGUAAGCAAGUCAUUCGUGUUGCAUCUGAAUGAUGUUUUAAAUUGUAAUUGCAGUUACCCUGCAUCUGAAUGAGAGUAUUUUUAAAGUUGCAAUCGACGUGGCUAUAAUUGUAGUUGUGAUGUUGUUGUAGAUACUUUUGAAUUCUUUAUAUUGUGGCCAAUGCCAUAAUAUUUUAGAACUAUUUUCUUUUAGUAGGUGUUUACAAUGUGUUGUAAUCAUAUGAUCCCGUUCAAAAACUUUGCAAUGAGUAUACGAGUAUCUUUUGAUAACUGUCUC